AUUCCGUUAACCCGUUUAAACUGCCCUGAGUAGUAGGUCUUGGUCAAUGAAGGAUACCGUACAGGAAGGAGGUUGACAGAUACUCAAUCCCGUGUAAAGCAAAUUUACCAGUGCUUUCACUAUGUAUCGAGUGCGACAUAUUUCUGCUUUAGCAAAACGCGGCUGCUUGAAUGUUCAAUCAACACAAACCCAUGUAAGGACGGGUGCGCAGUUGUCAGUAGUAAAACGAUGGAGUUCGACUUUGGAUAAACUUUAUCCAGGACAUGACAGUUUUCCUGAAAGACACAUUGGACCAAAUGAAGUUGAGAAGAAAGCAAUGUUAGAUUUCAUCGGCAUGAAGAGCAUUGAUGAGUUAAUUCAGAAGAGUGUACCAGCCAAUAUUUUGUUGGACAGAGAGUUGAAGCUUGAUGAACCGUUAGGAGAGCUAGAAUUGAUUGAAAAAUUGGAACGAAUGGCCAACAAUAACGAAGUAUGGAGGAGCUACAUUGGAAUUGGCUAUUACAACACAUACACACCACAUACAAUACUGAGGAAUAUUUUUGAAAAUCCUGGAUGGACAACUCAGUACACACCAUAUCAGGCAGAAUUGGCCCAGGGUCGCCUAGAGAGUUUGCUGAAUUAUCAGACAAUGGUCGUAGACAUGACAGGACUUCCUAUUGCUAAUGCUUCUUUGCUAGAUGAAGCUACUGCUGCAGCAGAAGCUAUGGGACUCUGUUACAGACACAAUAAAAGGAGGAAAUUUUACAUUGAUAAACACUGCCAUCCACAGACAAUUGGUGUUGUCGAGACAAGAGCAAGUGCACUUGGAAUUGACGUUGUCCGACUGGACUGGCAGGACAUGGAUAUGUCCGGUAGAGACAUCUCUGGAAUUCUGAUCCAGUAUCCGGACACUGAUGGACACAUUCAUGACUACAUGGAGCUGGUGGAUAGUGCCCAUGCAAAUGGAACCUUGGUGACCUGUGCCACUGACCUUUUAGCACUUACGAUGCUACGCCCCCCUGGGGAGUUUGGGGUUGACAUUGCUGUAGGAUCCAGUCAACGUUUUGGAAUUCCCAUGGGAUAUGGAGGCCCACAUGCAGGGUUCUUCUCCACUAAGAAUGAAUUUCUUAGACUCUUGCCUGGAAGAAUGAUAGGUGUAACCAGGGAUGCUAAUAAUAAAGAGGCCCUCAGGCUAGCCUUGCAGACUCGUGAGCAACACAUCAGAAGAGAAAAAGCCACCAGUAACAUUUGUACCGCCCAGGCCUUGCUGGCAAACAUGUCUGCCAUGUAUGCUGUAUAUCAUGGGCGACAAGGACUGAAGCACAUUGGCAAAAGGGUUCACAAUGCAACACUCAUCCUAGCAGAAGUUUUAUGUUUUUGUGAGCAGGUAGGAAUAUGUCGUCCAUCGGACUAUGGGUCUGAUGUCUCCCACUUGAACCUCCACAAGACAUUUUGUAUUCCCCAUGGGGGAGGAGGGCCUGGAAUGGGACCAAUUGGAGUAAAGAAACAUUUAGCACCAUAUCUCCCAACUCACCCAGUCAUACCUCCGUAUGGAACGACCGGACCAGAAGCCAAGUCGUUUGGAGUGGUGUCUGCGGCUCCUUUUGGAUCCAGUGCAAUCCUUCCCAUCUCGUGGGGCUACAUUAAAAUGAUGGGUGCUAAGGGACUUAGACAUGCCUCAGAAAUUGCUAUUCUAAAUGCUAACUACAUGAGUAGAAGAUUAGAGGGACAUUAUAAGACUCUGUAUACAAAUGAGCAAGGAUGCGUUGCCCAUGAGUUUAUUAUCGACUGCAGGGAAUUCAAGAAAACUGCUGGUAUUGAAGUCAUGGACAUUGCUAAAAGACUCCAGGACUAUGGGUUUCACUCGCCGACCACCUCCUGGCCUGUUGUUGGAACUUUAAUGGUGGAACCUACAGAGUCCGAGGAUAAAGAUGAAUUGGACAGAUUCUGUGAUGCCUUGAUUGCUAUCAGGCAAGAAAUAAGAGAUAUUGAAGAGGGAAAGUAUGACUCCAAGAUGAACCCAAUAAAGAUGGCCCCUCAUACACAAGCGGAGGUACUUUCAUCAAACUGGGACCGUCCAUAUUCCAGGGAGGUUGCCGUUUUCCCUGCAUCAUUUGUGACAGCUUCUACAAAGUUCUGGCCCACUGUGAGCCGAAUCGAUGAUAUCUACGGAGACCAGAACUUGGUGUGUACCUGUCCUCCUAUGGAGAUGUACUACGAGUCCCCCUUUGUUGAUGAGCUUGCCAAGCGCAAGGAAAAAUCUAAGGCAGCUGUGUGAUAGUGGAGGAAUUACAUCUGUGAUAAAUUGUUGUCAGAGGAAAACUUAGUGCUGUGAAAAUUGCUACAUUUUGUAUGUGUACAUUUAUAGAUUUUCCUACACCUGAUCUUCACACAGGUCUUAUUAAUCUCCUAUUAACUAUUCGUAAUUUGUAAGAUGUCUAACAAACAGCAAAGGGCUUUUUAUACUGUAUUUAUACAACAUUUAAGAAGAAAAGUGAAAGAUGUAAUUUACACACAUAAACAUGUAUAUAAUUUACAUAUAUAUAUAUAUAUAUAAGUAAAAAUAAUAAAAGAGAAACACGAAGACGCUAUUUAUAACAUAAUGUCGCCAUGCUACAAAAUAUAAAGCUUCUGAAGAUUGGAAAUGAAAACACUAAAGCUUUAUUAAAUGUCUUCAUGUUUAUUUUUUGAUUUUUUACACACAAACAUGCACACACAUGUGCGGCUUUCCUUUUUCAUGCCCAGUUUGGAAGAUAAUGACUCGACCAUUAAAAUGCUGAAAGCCUUUGAUUGUACUUCCUAUUCAUCACCAAAUUAGGAACCCCUUGUAUUCUCUCCUGAGAUACUUUUCCCCAAUUCCUAUUUGCAAACAACUUAAUGAAUUGUGUGAUGAUUGCUAUUAAUAAUGAUUCAUGUUAUAAAUUUUGUACAGUUCAUUUAAUCAAGGACAAAAUUGUAAAUUAUAAAGGGACAAGGUUUUCCCCCCAGGAUUAUGGGCAUUGUAUUUCUUUUGUUAGUUUUAUAAUAAUUUCUAUUCACUGAUUUCUAUAAGGAAUAUGAGCUACUCUCUACUGAUAUUAAAACUUUACAAAAAGAACAGACCAAAUGCUAAAGCUUACUGAAAUUUUCCCCGCGUUUGCUUUUGUGCCUUGGUUUGUCUUUGUUAAUUUUGGCGAUUUCAUUUUUCUGUUCAGCUGUUUACCUCAGGAAAAUUGUUCCACUCUGAUGUAUUUUUGAAAAUUAGAUAUCUGAAGGAUAUUAUAGAUGAAUGUAUAUGCAAUAUUUAUCAUUAUUGGUUAUCUUAUUCUAGACGAUCUGUUCAGUACAGGAAUCUCCCAGCAUUUUUUUUUAUAGGUGUUCCAGCACAUCUCAUUUAAUUUCUAAUUAUUUUUUUAUUCCCAUUGUUUUUUAUCUUCAUGACUCUUAAGUGCUGCUUUAUAACAGUAUUCAUCAUUUUUGUUUUCUGUUGAUGAUGAAAUAUUUCCUUUACACCAGAAACCAUUUGUCUUUCUACAUCUUGAGGUAUUCAUUUCUCAAUGAAUGUACAUUACACUGUGACAUGUUACAUUUGUGUUACUCCAUGGGUAUUAUAAUUUUAAUAAACCAUUAUAAAAA